AUGAGUUCGAAUAAGAACGAUAAUACCGCUACAACAAGCACUGUAAGCCUCGCGUUUACAUUCGAAGCAGAAAAUUUUCGCAAAAUUCAGCCAAAAGAAUUUAUAAAAAAAUUUCUUGAACACAAUGUUCGACCUGACGGAAGAGUUUUUCGUCAAUUUCGAAAAACCACAAUAAAUUCUGGGCACAUUUCAACAGCGGAUGGAUCCGCGGUAGUUCGAAUAGGCAAUACUACUGUCGUUUGUGGAAUUAAAACUGAAGUCGCCGAACCAAAGACAAGUACACCUAAAGAAGGCUACUUUGUUCCAAACGUUGAGCUUUCGCCAAUUUGUUCUUCGAAAGUUAAACCAGGACCUCCAAGUGAGCAGGCACAGGUCAUGAGUGAAAAUAUAAACAAAUUACUAAAGAGCUCUUCGGUAAUAUCUUUAGAAGAUUUAUGCAUUGAGGAGGGUAAAGCUGUUUGGGUUUUAUAUGCUGAUAUAGUUUGCAUUAAUUACGAUGGGAAUGUAUUUGACGCGUCAGUUAUCGCAAUUAUUGCAGCACUCAGUAAUUUGCGGCUUCGUAAAGCCGAAUAUAAUGAAGGUUUAGUGACAGCUACUGAGACGCGUCCAAUCAAGUUGAACCUUUCUAGACUCCCGUUUUCUUCAACUUUUGCAUUCUUUGAUGGGUCGUACCUAUUAGCAGAUCCCAACGAUACAGAAGAAUCGAUUAUGGAAGAGAUGAUUACAGUCGUCUGCGAUGAAACGGGUCAAAACAACAGGCGCCUUUUCCGUUCAACAUUCAAUAAUCUCAAUUAUUCCUCAAGGACUCCGAUUUGCAUACCAACAACCAAUUCUCAGAUAGCACAAAAAUCUCAACUACAAUCGCCAUCAUUCUCUUCAUUAUUCUCGAAUUUUCAUAUUCCUAACUGUUCGUUUCGAAGCGUCAUUCAAUCACAAUUCUUACAUACAACUCGUACACGUAAUCCGUUAUAUUUACCCGGGGAAUUACGUAUUCUUGGCUGCAAAGCAAAUUACUCGAACAAUAAAGUUGUUGCUGAAGAUCAAGAUGCUAUAAAACAUAAAGCGAUUCAUUUUGAGACUGAAGAAGCAAAAAUGAACGAGAAAACCUCGACUAGUAUGUUAAAAAAGAAACCGAUUUUGACGCGAAUUAAAGAUGAAUUGGUGCAUUAUUGGGAUGGAACAAAGCUGUUAGGAUUGGAAAUAAAAAUCUCUGCGAAACUUUUGUUCAAAAUUUUGAGAGGACAAAAAUUAACCCGUCGUGAAGAUCGUCAGCUUCGAAGAACGACGCAGGACUUAGCUCGUCUUGUCCCGUUUGCUGUAUUCAUCAUAGUGCCAUUUAUGGAAUUCUUGCUUCCCGUUGCCCUAAAACUAUUUCCCAAUAUGUUGCCUAGUACCUUCGAGGAUAAAUUCUCAAAGGAGGAAAAAAAGAGAAAGCUUUUAAAGGUUCGUCUCGAGAUGGCCAAAUUUUUGCAAGAAACAAUCGAAGAGAUUGGUGCGUCUGGAUCAGGUCGUGAAGGGGCCGCUAAAGAAUUUUCAGAGUUUUUCCGAAAGGUCAGAUCAACUGGAGAACAAGCUUCCACAGAAGAUCUUCUUCGGAUAGCAAAUCUUUUCGAGGAUGAAUUGACAUUAGACAAUUUAUCCCGGCCUCAGCUGGUCAGCAUGUGUCGAUAUAUGGGCAUUAAUGCAUUUGGGACCGAUAACUUUCUCAGAUAUCAAAUACGCAACAGAAUGAAAAGCAUCAGAGAUGAUGAUAAAAUGAUUCGUGCUGAGGGCAUAGAUUCUUUGACCGUUCCCGAACUUCAAGCUGCAUGUCAGUCACGUGGAAUUAGAACGAUUGGUGUUUCUCCUGCGCGACUACGCAACGAAUUGAAUCAAUGGUUGGAUUUGCAUUUAAAUCACAAAGUACCGUCGUCACUUUUAAUAUUAUCACGAGCAUUCAGUUUCGCUGAUAGAUCCGAAUUAGAGGAUCAAGCUCAAGCAUUGCAAGCAACAUUAAAUAGUUUGCCGGAUAAUCUGGUAAACGAAGCGGAAUUAGAGGUCUCCGAGGCAUCCGCUACAUAUAAGCAGAAACUAGAAGUUAUUGAGCAACAAGAAGAAUUGAUUGCUGAUGAAAAGGCUCAAGAAGAGAAAGAAGAGGCUGCAAGAAGAGCUCAAAAAGAGGCAGAAGAUGCCGCGCAAGAAGCUGCAUUUGCUGAAAAUGUUUCGCCAAAUGAAAAAGUUACUUUUGUUGCCAAAGAUGAUGCUCGAAUGACACAACAACAACUUCAAGAACUUCGUGAUGCACUCACGAUAUUAUCAUCAAAAUCGGCAGUAUUGGAGGAACGCGAAGCAUUAAAAGAAAUCAAAGAUGAUCAUGAAGAAUACAAAGAGGACAUGGAAGAGCAUAUCGAGACUGGCGGUAAAGAAUCAAAAGCUUCACUUCGCCUAGGCGAUCGCCUCGAAAAGAUGAUUCAAAAAAUUGAUUCUGAACUGGAGCAAUACGAUAGUGAAGUUGGUUCGAGACUUAAUCUUAUCCAAGCAAAUGAAAGCGGACAAAUUACCGUUUCUGCAUUGGAAGAGGCAUUACGUGUCAUCAAACACACGCCAGGUGAUAAUGAACGUAUUAAAAAGAUUGUAAAAAAAUUGGAUGUUGAUAAUGAUGGAUUAGUAUUCCUGGAUCAUAUAUCCGAGUUGUGUGAUGAAAAGGAAGGAAUGGGGGUUUUGAUGGAAAAUGAAGAGGAAAAGACUGCCGAAAAGAAACCAAAAAAAGAAGAUAUUUUGAAGGAUGAUUAA